UCCAGUCUCGUCUAAUGUCAGCAUACGGCCAAUAGCGCUCGUAGUGACGCUGCAGUAGGUUGGCCCUUCGCUAGCUUUCAUAAACGGAUAUGAUAGCUAAGCGUUGAAUGUACUACUGUAGCGACAUAUACAGUCAAGUCGGACCAUGGCGGAAGAAGACGACACGAGAAUUCGGAUUUUACAAAGCCUGCGGGGAAAGAUAUGUGAAGGCAAGAACCUGGGUCCCUGUUCGGGGCCCAACCGACAGCGGGACCUCUGCACCUUCUGCACCAUCAGCCUGGACCAGGAGGAGGUGUUCCGGACCAAGGUGUUUGACAAGAGCCUCAGCCCUUUCUAUGGCGAGGACUUCUACUUUGAGAUCCCACGACCAUUUCAGUGUUUGUCCUUCUACGUAUUCGCCAAGGGUGUUUUUCAAAGGGACCUGCCUGUCGGGAAAGUGUCCAUCCGGAAGGAGGAACUGUGUAAAUUCAGUGGGAAGGAGCACUGGUUUGGCCUGCAGCCCGUAGACCCUAACUCUGAAGUCCAGGGAAAGGUCCACCUGGAGAUGCGUCUGAAUGAGCUGAUCAUAGAGAAUGGCUCCAUGUGCCAGCAGCUACUGGUCCGGAUAAUAGAAUGCCAGGGCUUGCCUCUGAUCAGUGGACAGAACUGUGACCCGUAUGCCACUGUCUCGCUCGUUGGGCCUGCCAGGUUUGACCAGAAGAAAACAAAAGUGAAAAAGAAGACCAGUGACCCUCAGUUUGAGGAAACUUUUUACUUUGAGGUCACAAGGCCCAACAGUUACACAAAAAAGUCUCAUUUCCAAGUAGAGGAGGAAGACAUUGAAAAGCUGGAGAUCAAAGUUGACUUGUGGAACAAUGGGAAUUUGGCGCAGGAUGUUUUCCUUGGGGAGACGCGGGUAUCUGUCAAGAUUCUACGAAAUGACCACAUACACAGGGCCUGGUAUCUCCUCCAGCCCAAAGGGAACGGGAAGUCCAAGACAGACGACCUGGGCUCUCUGAGGCUCAACGUAACCUACACCGAGGACAAUGUGCUGCCAUCCGCCUGCUACACACCGCUCUGCACGCUGCUGCUCAAGUCCCCAGACAUUAAGCCCAUCUCGGCGUCAGCGGCCCACAUUCUGGGGGACAUCUGCAGGGAGAGGUAUGAGGCGGUGCUGCCCGUGGUCCGCCUGCUGCUCCACCACAGCCGCCUGGUGUCCUUCGUCUCCGCCAUCGCUGCCCUGGAGCUGGAGAACACUCAGGAGGCCAACACCAUUUUCCGUGGCAACUCCCUGGCAACACGCUGCAUCGACGACAUGAUGAAGAUUGUAGGGCGGAGCUACUUGACAGUCACCCUGAAGCCUGUAUUGGAUGAGAUUUGUGAAUCAAACAAAACCUGUGAGAUUGACCCGAUCAAACUGAAAGAGGGAGACAACGUUGAGGUCAACAAGGAGAACCUGCAGGGGUACGUUCAGAAGGUGUUCUCGUCCAUCACCCAGUCCAGCUCCAGCUGUCCCCCGCUUAUGUGUGACGUGUUCCGCUCGCUGCGUCAACUGGCCUCCAAGCGGUUCCCAGAUGAUCCUCAUGUCCAGUAUUCGGCGGUCAGCAGCUUCGUGUUCCUGCGCUUCUUUGCCGUUGCCGUUCUCUCGCCACACACCUUCCAGCUCCGCCCACACCAUCCUGACCUAGAGGUCUCCCGAACACUCACUCUAAUCUCCAAGACCAUCCAGACUCUGGGGAGCUGGGGUAGCCUGUCCAAAAACAAACUGUCUAGUUUUAAAGAAUCCUACAUGUACGAUUUCUUCAAAUCAUUCCAAGAAGACAAAUGUAUUGGAAAAGUAAAAAAGUUCCUAGACGAGAUCUCCUCUAACAUCAGUAAGGAGUCCAGCGGGGUGGAGGAUUCUGUGGUUCUCAAAGAGGGGGAGGUACAGAAGCGGGCCCAGGGAAGGAAACGUAUCGGCAAGAACUUUAAGAAGAGGUGGCUUAGAGUGACCAACAGGGAGCUCUCCUACCACAAGCACAGAGGUAUCUAUCCACGGGCCACUGGUCUCCCACAGAGAGGGGGAGGAAUGCAGGAAGUAAGCUCUGUUCAUUAUAAUGAGAGCCAGCCAGAGAGUGGCAGAAGAGGAGGGAGAGUAAGAACCCUGGUCAUUAUAGUGGAGCCUACCUGGCGGGUGUCCUGUACUCUACUCAGCUCACCUCAGUGGAGCACAGCCACACACACACACACACGCUAGGCUCCUGGUUUCUCUGCCAGGCUCCUGUAAUUCUUGAAGAGAGGGUGGCUAUGAGACGCUGGGGGCUGCUGCCAUAGCAGUAUCGCGCAUACACCAGACCUGCCAAACUGCUCGCACUUUGUGUACCAUGCACGAAAUUUGAGGUCAAAGUAUGCUGGUAUGAAAAACAACCCUACAAUUACACAAAAAAUAGGCUUCUAGUUGGCACAUUUUGUGGUUUUUGGCUCGACUGUCAGAAGUUGAAGCUGAGCAAAUCCGAGGACUUCAUCUCUAGGUCUCUGCUUUGUCCCCAAUGACGACAAGGCAUGUUGAAAUCAAGCCUAGUAAUCAGACCUAACCUGAUGGCCGGAGAUCUGCAAUAAGCUCAUAUAGGCCUAAUUCAUUUGUUUCAUAUUCCAAGUCUUCUGAUCUGCUUAGACUUUGUCAGACCUCUCCGAUCUCUAAGUCCUAUGAAAGCCAAUAGCAGCCAGACGCUUCCAGCCAUAUUGUACAUGGUGUGAUAGCCUGGACGUUGCAUAAACGAGCCGAAGGUCUUGUGUAACACUGUGUUUUUGUUUUUCCCUCCACUCUAAUUAUUGUUGAAAUGUCAAGUAAUCUUUUUCAAUCAAUUACGUAAAUUGUUUGGAACAGGCCCCAGCCAAAUCCUACCUUCCGUUAAUUUACUGCUGCUCCCAGGUCCAUGGCACACUCCACCAAGAAUGUUCCCUCAGCACUCUUCUCAACAAUUACCAAGGCUCAUUUCCUCAUCCACUCUGUGUCAGUUUUGGUGCGUGUCAGGGGGCUAGGGAGGUAUGUGUAAGGUAAUAUUCAUCAUAUGUACCAGUCAAGUUUGGACACACCUACUCAUUCAAGGGUUUUUCUUUAUUUGGACUAUUUUCUACAUUUUAGAAUAAUAGUGAAUACAUCAAAACUAUGAAAUAACACAUGGAAUCAUGUAGUAAACAAAAAAGUUAAACAAAUCAAAAUAUAUUUGAGAUUCUUCAAAUAGAGACUGUUGACCAAUAGCAUUACUGUUCAGUUAACUUCCAAUCACAUCAUCAGACCUAAAUGAUGUUACCACAACAGCACCUACUGCUUCACAGGGGUGUGAUAGAAUGGUUGCCUGGCUACCCAGACUCCUUGCUUUGGCCAAAUGCUACGCCACACCCACGGAUGUUAGUUUUUUUUCUCCACAAUGAAUCUGGAUCUGAGUAUGUCUCUAACCCUUCACUGACUGCGGACACAUUUGGUCUGUCUGAUUGGUCCAGAAACCAUUGGGUUGAGCCAGAACACAUGUGGGUAAAGCAGAGGUUUGAUAAUUCUUCAUUGACUUUGGUACUCUGAUUUGGUCAUACACGAUCCAAUUGCUUAUUACUUUUUGUACCAUGCCCCUCAUUCCCCUAGUCAACACAAAUUACUUCAAUGACAGAAUUUAGUGUGAGUAUGCAGGCUAACAGAAUGGAGGAUGUGGAGAGCAACACAGAGGAGGCUGUUGAGUGUUGAUAAAAGUGAGGUUGAGGGUUGGGCCUGCCUACACGUGCGUAUCUGCUUGCAGCUGUAUGUGUGUGAGUUAUCGUUAGUUUGUGUGUGUAUCUUUGAAAGUUUGUUUCAUGUAAAUCCUGGCCUCGACUCAGGGCAACGGGCCCUACAGCUCCAGCCUUCUCCUAGUCCUUCUCAAGUCUUUGGAGCAAAGUAAACUCACAUGAACUCUUUGAAGAAAGAAUCCAGUCUAGAUCCAUUGGCCUCCGGAGGGUCCCCCCCCCCCUUUACCGCCAUGUCAACGGUCAAUCUUGACACAUUUCAUUAUCCAUUUAUUUUGUUUUUGUUGGAAUGUGGAAAACCUGCUGUCAGCGUAUGCAUCAAUAUUGAAUUCCAUAGGGAGUUAGCUUGGUUUAACUCCAUUAUUUUAUUGACCGAGGAUGCACUUCAGAACAUGGUUUGAAAAGAAAUGUGGGGCCUGCAAACAGCUGCAAUUUAAACAAUAUUUAUUUGAUAAUCAUCAGAAAAUACAUGUUUGGUGAAGGAUCCAACUUCCUGAUGUUAAUUCAUCAAGUUUUGGUAUUGGGUGUGUAGGUUUGGGAGAUUGUAGGUUGUAUUCUAUACUCUCACAACAUUUGCUCAUUCCUCCAUGUUGUUACCCAUGCACCUUCAUUUAUGUGUGUUCAUCUGUGUGUGUUUUUUGUGUGUGUUGGAGUGGUCUCUGGAGCUGUGCCCUGCCACCGCAAUGCUGGCUCUGUUACAGCAGAACAGGCAGACAGAUGGGGCCUCUAGAUUGGUGUCACUCUAAAUUGACAGUGACAACUGGGUUUGGGCAGUGCAGCUGAAGCACCAUGGGCUCUGGUGGUGCUGUUUUCGGGGUUAGUAAUAGUCUGUGCUAAAAAAGUUUGAAAGGCAUUUGGGAGGUUUUGAACUAAGUCUCAUGUUGCUGUGAGUGUGUGCUGUCUCAUAACUUUAAAAAAAAUAAUUAUAUGGGUUUCAAUUUGUAAUGGAAGGGAGAAGGACAUUUGGGACGCAACCUAGUUGUGUUGCCCUCGGCUGAAGUGUGUCUGGGUUCACUUUCAGACUAGUUUGUGUGCAUGAUUAAAUUCUUUCAUAUUGGCAGGAGAUUUCAGUAAAAUUGUGAAGAGAACCAUGGAUCAGAAUGUUCAGAUGUGCAUCUGAUUGCCUAGACAUAAUGCUACUGGCAACAAUGCAGCACAUUGAACAUCACAUUGUAAUAAAGUGCAUUUCUAAUUGGGAUUUAGAUCAUUAAUUGAGUCUAGCUCUGCUCUAGAUUUGGGACUCCUGUUGGAUAUUGGAACGACUCAAAGAGAGGAACAACAUAAAUAAUGUACCAGAAUGCAGUAACGUAGUGAAGAUCUGUGUUUACAACUUCAGUGAUUUGUAGCCUGCUGUCCGGAGAUGAACUGAAGUGUGUGUGUGUGUGUGUGUGUGUGUGUGUGUGUGUGUGUGUGUGUGUGUGUGUGUGUGUGUGUGUGUGUGUGUGUGUGUGUGUGUGUGUGUGUGUGUGUGUGUGUGUGUGUGUGAGCACUGAACUGGAAGGCAGGAGAUAUGCAGAGCACCUGAUGGUGCUGGAGGUAUGCGUGGCGGGGUCGGGGGUCCGUCGGACUGGCAAUGCAGAGGAAGGUGGCAGGCAGAGAAAAGCACUCCCUCUUAAAUGAGAGAUUGAUAUGGCAAAAUUCAUCACACACACCCAAUGCACCUUUAUUCACAUAUGUAAGGGAGAGUGAAAGAAAAGGGGGGGGGGGUGGUUGUAUGUGCAGAUAAGUAUCAUCAGUGGAUCAGACACUUCACUCUAUCAGCUAGAUGAAGGGAAGGAGUGUGAGCUGAUAGGUGGAGACUGAAGAGAUACCAAUAGCAGGAGCUGAUACUGAGACUGCUUUUAUAACUGUGCAUGAUUUGUGUGUUUUGGCCCGGGCUUUUGUCAGACACAGUCCUGGAAAUGGUCUAUCGACUGUAAAAAGAAUGUUCUCGAUUUGUAUUUUUGUUGGACGAGUAUGUGAAAAGUGUAAUGCUGCACGUCUUCUAGUAGUAAGGGUCACAUGGUGUAAGAACUCAAUGUUCCUCCUAGUGAUGUAGCUUGACCAAGACGACAUGGGUGGUUUCCAGAUUAUUCUUUAACAGUUGAAGAAUAUUACCAUAUAAUUUAUCCAGAGACGGGAUUAUUUCUGUUGUUGAGACUAUCUACUAUCCUUGUUACUUGUUACAGUAGCCUGUUUUUAUAUAAGGGUAAGAGAGCCCAAUGUAGACAUUUUGUGUGUGUGCAUAUAUUUACGUUUCUUUUUGUUUUCCAAGGGAAAGAAGCACUCUGCAUUAUGCCUGUGAAGAAUAUCCAGGCUGUGGAGAAACUGGACGAAAGUGCCUUUAACC